AUGUUAUUACCUCGCACGCCGCGGUUCGUCGCGGAGUCUAAACAGCCCAAGAAAACUUCACCUCCGAAGCGGCCUCUCGCCACGGAAUGGCACUCUUUGAUAUCCCCGGGUGGACUGUUCCCACUAAUCCAACGCCUGCUCAGGGGGGCCCGAGAAAACGCAAGCGCAACCAACACAGCCCCGAUGAUCUCCAGUCUGCCCGGGUAAACUUGGACAAGCUUGUCAGGAUGCUAGGUGACGGUCCCCCUGACAUUGAUUCCCGUCCAUCGAAGAAGAACAAGUCUCGUGCGAAAGUGAAUGUGCAAGGGGUAGCCAGUAGCCAAGGGUCCCCCGAGUCCCGAAAAGUAGAGGUCCCAACUCCGAAGGCGUCCAUCCCCAAGGACGUUGCGGUUGGUUCGAAGACGAAGACAAACAAAAGGCACAGAGGAUCGAAGAAUUCAAAAUCCACUUCUGCGGAGAAAUCUGGCCCGUCUGAUUCACCCUCGAAGCAUCCGCUCCCCGUUCAAGAGAAGUCAGGACUCACGCCGCUGCAGAAACACAUGAAACAAAACUUGGGGGGCGCACGUUUCAGGCUCAUAAACGAGAGGCUGUAUAAAUCUGACAGCGCGGAAGCUGUCGAGAUGAUGAAAAAAGAUCCUAAAGUCUUUCAGGAGUAUCAUGAUGGGUUCAGACAUCAGGUGCAGUCGUGGCCCUCCAACCCAGUUUCACACUACAUCGACGAACUUUCCAAGUACCCUCCGAAGACGGUAAUCGUUGACUUAGGUUGUGGUGAAGCAGCACUAGCACAGGCUCUGCACCCAAAGAACUUCAAUGUCUUGUCGUUUGAUUUGUUAUCUGAUGAGACCUUUGUCGUUGAAGCGGAUAUCUGCUCGCGACUUCCGCUCCCCGGUUCCGAGCCAUCAUCUGUUGAGCGGACCGAAGGAGAGGGACAGAUCGUCGAUAUCGUCGUUUGUGCAUUGAGUCUCAUGAGUACGAACUGGCUGGGAUGCAUACGAGAGGCAUGGAGGAUACUCCGCCCAGGCGGUGAACUAAAAAUCGCCGAAGUUGCCAGUCGUUUCACAGCAGUUGAGGAUUUUGCAGCUCUGGUACGUGAUGUCGGCUUCAAACUCAAGAAAAAGGACGAUCGCAAUACACAUUUCACUUUGUUCCAGUUCAAGAAGGUAGCGAGAGCCACCAUACCGGAGCAGGAGUGGUCUGGUCUUCUGUCGCGAGGUGGUGUCUUGAAGCCAUGCGAAUACAAGAGACGCUGAGCAAGGUAUGUGAGAUAGGGGAUCUAGUGGACACUCGUAGUCUAGAACCAGAGUCCCCGGUAUACUCGAAACUGCUUAGACAUGAAUCGACAGACUCCUUGUGUGUCCUUUUAUAUGACACUGCUGGGCAGCGG